AUGAGCACUCUACAAGAAGCCACUGCUCGUGCAGUGGAGGCUUGUCAGCGAGGUAGUAUGGAAGCGUUGGAAGCGGCACUACAGGAAGGUGUACCUCCAAAUGCAACAGACGCUGAUGGAUGCUCUUUAUUACACUGGGCUGCCAUAAACAACCGCUUAGAGAUCAUAAUGAGACUGCUUGAUUUGGGAGCGGAUCCUAACGUCGUCGGUGGACUACUGGUUUCAUCUCCACUCCACUGGGCCGCACGUGUCGGACAUAGCAACAGUGCUGCACUACUUGUGAAGGCUGGCGCUGUAGCAAAUGUACGUGACACUCAAGGCUACGCUCCAAUUCAUUUGGCGGUACAAACCAACCAGUCAACACUUGUUGCAUAUUUAUUGGAGAAAUUCGACUACUGCAAAGAUAUUACGGAUAAUAGUGGAAUGACACCGGUUAUGUGGGCAGCAUAUCGUACGUUUGGAAUGUUCCCAAUACGUCUUCUAGUAAGAUCUGGAGCGAAUUUGAACGCUCAAGAGCAUCUAUCCGGUAACACCGCUCUUCAUAUCGCAACGCAGGAAAGGAACUAUUGUUCCAUCAGAGAGUUAUUGGCAGGGAAUGCAGAUCCUCUCCUUCGUAAUAAGCAGCAGGAGACUCCCAUCGAUAUUGCAAGAAAUAUGAGGAAUCAUAAGAUUAUUGGUAUGCUCGAGGAAGCAAUGUCGGCGCGUGGUGUUAGUGCUGCUAAGUGCACCGCUUGCGACAACAUCCCGUGGAAGAAAGUCAAUCGCUCUGCAGGAUUAUUUAUUCCGGGUAUAUUGCUGGCUUUAAUUGCAUUGUUGUUCCAUGUAUUUCACUAUAUGAUUGUUGGUGCUAUUCUCUUCGUGGCUUUCGUCAGUUUCCAAUGUGUUAGCAAGUAUGAUUUCCAUACAGCUUCGCAGAGUCUUGUUCCGAUCGGUAUAUGCAUUGCGGAACCUGUUUGUAUGAUCGUCACAUGGUGGUUAUCUCUUCGUUAUUUUGUCUCCUGGUGGUUACAAAUCUCUUUUCUUCUCGUUAUGUGCGUGCUAUUCUGGUCGCUAUUCAAAAUUGUGCUCUCUAAUCCCGGUGUUAUUAAACCAAAUGAAGGUGCACGAACCCAGUUCGUUGAAAUGCUUGAACUUUGCGAACGUGUCAACUAUUGUUUCACUUGUUGGGUGAACAAACCAAAAGGAGCAAAACAUUGCAGUAUUUGUGACAGGUGUGUCAUGGAUUUCGACCAUCAUUGUCCAUGGCUUCACCAGUGUAUCACUAUUCGUAAUCUGCGUAUAUUCCUCGUUUUUGUUGCUUGUGUGGCCCUAUCGGCUGGGAUAUUUUCCUACGCAUGUACCCAUCUCAUUUAUCUCAGAAUCCUUAGGAUCAGUGAAGGAGAUUCCACUUUCAAAAUGAUUGCAAUUGCCGACGGAAUCCUUAAAUCGAGCGGUUGGAUGUUGUUUAGUCUCACUCUUGCCUUCUUCCAUGCGAUAAUGUUGUCGGCGUUAUUUAUCAAUCAGUGUGUACAGAUUUCGGAAAAUAUGACGACUAUGGAUCGCAUUCGUCACAGCCGUGGCCGUCACUAUGCUCAUCUGAAUUCGGAGUCAGAUGACAACUCUCCGGAUCUGUCCUUCACAUUUUCUAGGCGUAUUCGAAACGUCGUCGAUUUCUGCAUUGCCUCUUUCUGA